UCCUGCAGCCCCAGGAGGUUUCUUAGGUGCAGGACUCUCUUCUUUUUGGAGCCAAUGGUCCUUUCCAUCAAGGACCCACCAAGGAUGGAGAAGGACAGAGACCACAUGGCUGCGAGGAUAUUAGACCUCACCCUGGAGAUCAUCUCCUUGAUAACUGGAGAGGAUUACACAGUAGUGAAGAAGUCGUCUGGUGAGUGUGUGACACCCCGUGUGUCAGGAGGAUGGAGCAGGACCCAGAGCCCCAUCACCGAGCCUCCACCUCAUUCCCUGAUACAUGAGCAGAAGAUCCUAGAACUUACCACCAGGAUCACUGAGCUGCUGAGCGGAGAGGUUCCUAUAAGGUGUCAGGAUGUCGCUGUCUAUUGCUCCAUGGAGGAGUGGGAGUAUUUAGAAGAACACAAGGAUCUGUACAACGACGUCCUGAUGGAGAAUCACCAGUCCCUCACAUCACCGGAUGGAUCCAGUCAGAGAAAUCCACCAGAGAGAUGUCCCAGUCCUCUGUAUUCCCAGGACUGCCCAGAGGAGAAACCAAAUAUCCCACUGGAUCAUCAGGCUAUUUGGAUGGUGGCUCUCCCACCAAAUGAGACUGUUGUUGGUAGCAGUGGGCUUUCUAUAAGUUCGUGUAAGAAUGAUACCAUGUUGGAUAUUAAUAUCAAGAUCGAGAAAAGAUAUAUGGUCAUCAUGUAG